AUGGGAGGCUCCUCGUUCACUGUUGAUGUUCACACUCAUCCCGUCCCAGAAAGCUAUCGACGAGCUCUCCUUGGCGCUGGCUAUGGAAGCAGUAACGCGAGCGAUUUGUUUGUUGACGGAUUCCGCACCCCAGAAUGGACGCUCGACGGAUACCUAGAAGACUGUACUGCGUUUGGAUAUAACUACUCCAUCCUCAGCAUCACCGCCCCCGGCCUGUCAUUUCUGCGAGGCAAUGCGCGGGCCAGGACGUUGGCCCGCGAGCUCAACGAUGAAAUGUCGGGUUGGAUGGGACAACAUCCCAAGCGGCUCGGUGCGUUCGGUAUCCUGCCUCUUCCUGACAUCAACGCCUCGCUGGCAGAGAUCGCUUACUGUUUGGACGAGCUCGGGUUUGACGGGAUCGGUCUCUACACCAACGUCGACGGUGUGUACCUAGGCGACUCGUUGUUUGACCCCAUAAUGGCAGAAUUGGAUCGCCGCAAUGCCACCGUCUUUGUUCAUCCCGCUGGACCGACUGAAUCUCCUGCGCUAGACAACAUGUCGCUACCUGUGAUCGAGUAUCCAUUCGACACCACCCGGGCGAUCGCCAACAUGCUGUUCAAACAAACACGGCUCAGAUACCCCAACAUGAAGAUUAUCUGGAGCCACGCGGGAGGAACAGUCCCAUUUCUAGCGUCUCGUUUAGCUCUACAGUCUACCCUACCAUGGCACGGAGGGAGAGAUUUCGAAGGUUCUUACUCCGAGCUGCAAGGCUACUACUACGACACUGCCGUUACCUUGGGCAACGCACAGUUUGCCGCUCUCAAGGAGUUUGUGGGGGACGACAAGAUAGUGACCGGCUCAGACUUUCCGUACAUGCCUGCAAGCGCCGUCCCCAUUGCACAGGCAGCGUUGGAAUCAUAUCAUGGGUUUACAGAGUGGGACCGCGAAAGGAUUGCUUGGAAGAAUGCAUUCGAGCUCUUCCCAGCAUUGAAGACCAAGUUUCCAGAGGUGGUUGCUAACUCCACAACCUAA